AUGGGCUCUACGAGCCAGUCCUCGCCGAUAGCGAAAGAGAAGCCGUCGCCGACCUUCUCCAGUAUCUUGAAAACGUACGCCUUCUUUGCCAUGAUUCCUCUGCGGGGUGAAACGGACUUCUUUUCAGGCGAACCUCUUCGAGCUCUAAGCACUCUUGUCUUUUCCGAGAAUAUUGACUUGCAACGGAGUGCGAGUCUGACAUUUGCCGAAAUCACAGAGCGAGAUGUUCGCGAGGUCGACCGUGAUACCCUUGAGCCCAUUCUGUUUCUUUUGCAAAGUCCCGACAUUGAAGUCCAGCGCGCGGCCAGCGCCGCACUAGGAAACCUGGCAGUCAACACCGAGAACAAGGUUUUGAUUGUCCAGCUCGGAGGUCUUACACCGCUCAUCAGGCAGAUGCUAUCGCCAAACGUCGAAGUGCAGUGCAACGCAGUCGGAUGCAUCACGAACCUGGCUACACAUGAGGAGAACAAGGCAAAGAUAGCCCGGUCCGGCGCGUUGGGUCCUCUGACGAGGCUGGCAAAGUCCAGGGAUAUGCGGGUUCAGAGGAACGCGACUGGAGCUUUGCUCAACAUGACACACUCUGACGAGAACCGUCAGCAGCUCGUUAAUGCCGGAGCCAUCCCUGUUCUUGUCCAGCUACUCUCCUCGUCCGACGUCGAUGUCCAGUACUACUGCACGACGGCUCUCAGCAACAUUGCUGUUGACGCUAACAACCGCCGCAAGCUUGCUCAGACAGAGUCCAAGCUCGUCUCCUCCCUUGUCACUCUUAUGGAUUCCUCGUCACCCAAGGUUCAGUGCCAGGCAGCGCUCGCGCUCCGUAACCUGGCCUCUGACGAGAAGUAUCAGCUGGAUAUCGUGCGGUCAAACGGCCUCGCCCCAUUGCUCCGACUUCUUUCGUCGUCCUACUUGCCUCUGAUUCUCUCCGCUGUAGCUUGCAUACGCAACAUUUCCAUCCACCCCUUGAACGAGUCGCCCAUAAUCGAAGCCGGUUUCCUGAAGCCGCUGGUCGACCUUCUUGGAUCUACCGAGAACGAAGAAAUCCAAUGUCACGCCAUCUCAACCCUUAGGAACCUGGCAGCCAGCUCUGACCGCAACAAGGCCCUCGUCCUCGAUGCCGGUGCCGUUCAGAAGUGCAAGCAGCUGGUGCUUGAUGUGCCCGUUACGGUCCAAUCCGAGAUGACAGCUGCGAUUGCGGUUCUGGCCCUUAGUGAUGAGCUCAAGUCCCAUCUCCUGAACCUCGGAGUCUUCGAGGUCUUGAUCCCCCUCACACAUUCCCCUAGCAUUGAAGUCCAGGGCAACAGUGCUGCAGCUCUUGGCAAUCUUUCUUCAAAAGUUGGCGACUAUGCGGUAUUCGUUCAAGACUGGAAGGAGCCUAACGGCGGCAUCCACGGUUACCUAACGAGAUUCCUCCAGAGCGGCGAUGCAACGUUCCAGCACAUAGCAAUUUGGACUCUGCUUCAGCUGCUCGAGUCAGAGGACAAGAAUCUCAUUCAGUUGAUCGGCCAGGCGCAAGAUAUUGUCGACCAGAUCAAGGAGAUUGCCAACCGCCAGAUCGAGCCGGACAACGAAUUUGAAGACGAUGACGAAGGCGAGGUUGUCAACUUGGCACAGCGGUGCCUGGAGCUGCUCGGCCAAAGUGGCGCCAAGACUCACAUUGAAGGCUAA